AUGGCUGAUGCACAGUUUGACAGCGCGCUCGAUCUCCUCCGACGCCUAAACCCGCGAGACACCAAGAAAAACCUCCAAUCCAUCACAAGCAUCGUCCCCGAUCUAACCGAAGACCUCCUUUCCUCCGUCGACCAGCCCCUAGAGAUCCGUCGAUGCAAGCAGACAAACCGCGACUACCUGCUCUGCGAUUAUAAUCGUGACGGCGACAGCUACCGAUCACCAUGGAGCAAUGAAUUCGAUCCGCCCCUAGACGACGGAACCGUUCCUUCUGAGCGCGUGCGCAAAUUAGAGGUUGCAGCUAAUGAUGCCUUUGAUGUUUACCGGGAUCUCUACUACGAAGGCGGUGUUGGGAGCGUGUACUUUUGGGAUUUGGAUGAUGGAUUUGCUGGUGUGAUUCUAUUGAAGAAGGGGGUGACUCCUGGUUCUUCGAGCUCAGGCGAGUGGGACAGUAUCCACGUCUUUGAGGCUACCGAUCGGGCUCGCAUGUCCCAUUACAAAUUGACUAGUACUGUCAUUUUACAUUUGGCGAGCCAGAGCCAGGCUCUUGGAGAGAUGGAUUUGAGUGGAAACAUGACUCGCCAAGUUGAGGUGGACUUGCCCGUUGAUUCGGAUGCUAGCCACGUCGCGAACGUGGGUAGACUUGUUGAGGAUAUGGAGUUGAAGAUGCGAAACUUGCUACAGGAGGUUUACUUUGGCAAAGCCAAGGAUGUUGUUGGUGAGCUGCGAAGCUUGGGAUCCCUCUCGGAGUCAAAUCGCGAUCGUGCGACACAACUGGAGAUGAUCAAGGGUAUGCAGAAAUAG